AUGUCAUGUCAGAUAGAACCAGGUUGGCGUGGGGCAACAAUGGCCGAUGUACACUGGAUCAAGGACGGUGUACCUAUCGGCGAACUCGAAAAUGAAAAUAUGCGCAACGAAUUGCUUGUCGAUGGACCUACCUUGAAAAUACAAAAUGGAAAGCAUCAUACCGAAGGGGAUUAUCAGUGUUCGGCUUUAAUACGGGGUGUGCGAUUGUCUAAUGGGAAGCAUGUUGAUACACAUCUUGUGUCCGCACCAGUAAAAUUUCGUCGUGCCAGGAUUACCAAAUUUGAAAAAGUUGCACCAGAGAGUGUAGCUGUACUUCAAGGACAGAUUGCUCGUUUACCAUGCUCUGGAAUGCCUGAUGUGGUUCCUGGCCCUCCGGAGAUAACAUUCGAGAAAGAAGGCUACGACGGAGUCCUGGGAAUACCAGGCGAUGAAAGAUAUCUCUCGACAUCAUCCGGUAUACAAAUACCUUUGUCAAAGUUGUCAGAUUCAGGCAAUUAUUAUUGUGUCGUCCGUAACACUUUUACCAAUCAAACCCGAAAAUCACCACAUUUUGUUAAAUUAGAGGUACUGACAAAAAGGUACAGUAGUAUUGAACCUGCGCUUGUUUAUCCUGUAACAUCAUCCUCAAUUAACGGACCCAUAGUUGUUGAUGUUGUCAAAGGACAAACAGCGCUUCUGGAGUGCAUCGUUACAUCUACAAAGAUUAUUUGGACAAGACUAUAUCCGGGAGAAACAGCAAUAUCAGUAAGUAGCGAAAAAGCACGAUUGCGUCAAAUUUGGGGCAAUUUACAAAUUCAGCAAGUGAAUGAAGCAGACACUGGUAUUUAUAUUUGCGAAAGUAUGGCGCUGUUUUCUCCUCCUACGGUUAAAUUUCCUAAAGUUUACUACAAUUUACGAGUACAUGCACCAACUGAUGUACAGCUUAUGUUGGGACAACUUGCUACAGAUAAGAGUUGGAAGCUGAGCUGUUUGGCAUUAAAUUUGCAUUAUGAGAUUCCUAUGGUGUAUAUGAAUGGACUGGCACUGAUUGAUGCAAUGGUUAAGCUCGGUGUUCCACCACAUACUAAUUUUUUUACGAAUCCGAUAAAUGCAACAUUAACUUCUAGUGUUGCAUUGUCAGGCAGUGUACAGUGUAUUUCACGUCCAGCAAUGGAUGAGGCAGAGGUAUACGGAAAUGGCUUGGAACGCGGUCGAGCGAUGAAUUUAUAUGUUGAUAAUCGAAUCAGUCAGCAGGUUAAUUUAAUUUUACAAGGACCAGAAAAUUCUACCAAGAUAGUUGGUGAAACAGCGCAGAUGGUUUGUUUGGUGGUGCCACGAACGACGAAGACCAUUUGGACCAAAGAUGGUAAACGUAUGGCAUUAAUUGGAAAAAAACGUAUCCGAUUGGUUGGGACAGCCAGUUUGCAAAUUUCCGAUGUACAACUGGAAGAUGAAGGGUGGUACACUUGUGAAGUGACUGAUAACACAAAUCAUGUGACACGUUCCAGUUCCUAUUUGAAAAUCAUUCCGAAGGAAGUGUUUUUACAAAAUGAGAAAGACAGUGGGAUGAAAAAUCAAGAUAUAAAGAACAUCAUAUCUAAGAACGCUGCUACGCAGUAUCAAGAAAAAAGACUGCAGUCAAGAACGAGUGGAUUGAGGGAACCUUUAAUGGAUGUGCCACGAGCAUUCAUUUCCGGAAGAAAUGUGCAAGUGCUUUGGUCACUACCCAAGAAUUAUGCAUUUCUAAACAAAAUUACUUCAUUUCAAAUUGAAUUUCGAGCUGAAAGUAAUAAAAAAUGGAUCAUGGGUGAACUGGUAGACGGGCAUGUACGCGCUGUUACCAUCAAAGCAUUGCUUCCUGGAAAUAGGUACCAAUUUCGGGUUUUAGCGAAAAUGCUGGAUCAGAGUAUUAUACCAACUCAGCCUACGAAUUGGCUGAAGAUUGAGCAGGUGCCCAAAAGUAACGAAAUCAAUGCACAAAUUAAUAUUACCUUCUUUUCUCCAGUUUCGGAUACUGUUCUUCAGCUGCGUUGGAAUUACACUGCUUCAAACUACAUAAAAUCUCCCGAAACUUUUCUCGUUUCAUAUGCUACUGUUUCUGAUAAAAACUAUACCCAUACGAUACGAUUGAACAGUUCAUUUUCGAUGACUAAUUUAAGUAAUUUAUUACCUUCUACGGAAUAUCGAGCCAUUGUUGAAGUUGAAUUUGCUGACAAGACGAGCCAAAGAAGCGAACCAUCUGUGGCACGGACUUUAGAUGCUCGUGAUAAAUUCAUGGAUGCAUCUCAUAGAAUAUUCAAUGAACAACGAGUUCAAAAAUCACAUCUUUACUGCAAGGCAGCAGUAGCAAUGUCGGCCAUGAGUGAUGUGAAUGAAUUUACUCUCCUGAAGAUGAAGUCUAGUGAAGACCAACCACGCUCUGUUGUAUCUUUGAAAAAUUUCUCAUUCAGUAAAGAUUACGGCAUCAUGCCCAACUUGUAUGGUGAAGAGGAUAACUUUUUGGAGGAGAAAAAUACUCUUACUUCAUUCAAAGACACACCGUGGACUAAUGGAAAAAUAUAUGAAAAUGUCAUCUCAGAAGCUAGUGAUAUUCAGGAGCCAGUACAAAAAGCUUUACGAACCAAUGAUAGCCAUGAAGAAUCUUUUUGGUUAAAAGGAAUCAUGAAUAACGGCCAAAUGAUGCAGCCAAAUGAUGCCCUAGUUAUACCUCUUGGAAUACAAUUGUUAGCAGCAAAACGUACGGAAAACAGCACACAGUAUACUGCACUGCCUGCGCUGUCUGGGGCAAAACGAACAGCUGACGUUUCCUCGAGGAACAGUCAGAUAUCUUUCUCGGCAGAUGGUUGUUACUUGCAUACAUUUAAAUCACAAGCCUCAAACCCAUAG